AUGCAACACAGUACAGAAGCAGAUCGGCCUGUGGAUGGAAGACUCGCUCAUCCUGCUGGUGCAGUUGCUGCUGCUGCGUUAGCUUCAGCUGCAGCAGAGGCUGCAGCAGCCGCAGCAGCCAAGCUGACCCUUGCUAGCCAAAUCCUCGAGGCGUGCGAGUACUACGGCAUCCGCUUACAGCAGGAUCAGCAGCAGCAGGUGCAGCAGGAGCAGGGGCAGGAGCAGCAGCAGCAGCAGCAGCAGCAUCGUGUAGGCCUUCGCGUUGGUGUGCUGUUGCCUCCGUCCCCUCUGUCGGUUGUUGCAGUGGCUGCUGUUGCUGCAGUAGGGGGCGUGGCGGUGCCGCUGCCGUUUUGUGAUGCUGCUGUUGCUGCAGAGACUGCAGCAGCAGCUGCUGCUGCUGCAGGAGGCGUAGCAGCAGCAAGUGCGGCAGCAGCGAGGCCCCUGGCAGCAGCAGUGGAGGAAGCAGGAGGAGAAGUAUUUGUUACAAGAACGAAUGCUUGCAGCAGCAGCGUAAUCUACAGCAGCAAGUCCUUGCGGAUGCUGCAGCAGCAGCUAGCUGAGGCAAAGACGCAGCUGCUGCUGGUACAUCCGGCGCUUGCUGCUGCUGCUGCUGCACUCGGUGAUCAGUUGGGGGUGCAGGUUUGCAUCUGUGGGGCCAGAACUCCAGCAGCAACUGACAUAUGCAUAGCUCUGCAGCAGCAGCAGCAGCAGCAGGCAGAAGCAGCAGCAGCAGCAAGCGCGCGACUGUUCGUCAGGGAAGAGCCCCUAUACACACGCAGUCUGCCAAUACGCACGAAAUGGAUACCUCUACGGACAGCGGAGGGGGGCCCCCUGGGGCCCCCUCGAGAGCUGAAGGAGGCGCUUGCUGCUGUUAAGAGCAGCAAGAGAGGCAGCGCAGGGAAUGACAUCAGCACCGCCAGCAGCGACAGCAGCAGCAGCGACAGCAAGAGCAGCAGCAGCACCCUGCUGACUAGCGACAGUUGGGGUUUGUUGCUGGAGGCGAGCCGCUGCUGGGGCCAGCCGCGUAGUGUGCUACUGCCAGCAGCAGCAGUGCAGCAGCAGCUGGAGCGCAGCAGGGAUCAGCUGCUUCAGCACGUCUCGCCAGGGGACGACGUUGUUGUAGCUGCUGCUGCUGCUGCUGUUGUGAAGCCGAAGCUGCUGUUGGCAGCUGUUCUGCCGCUGCUGCAGCAGCAAGCCAAGAUUCUGCUGCUGACCAGGCAGCAAAUACCUCCUCUCCCUUUGCCGCUGCAGGUGUCCCUGCAACAGCAGCCUGCCGAUGCUGCAGCAGAGGCGCUUUCUGUUAAGACAGCGCCGGCGCGAGCUGCUGCGGUGUGGCACAUGCUCUUGCAGCAGCAGAAGCAGCAGCAGCAGCAGGGAAAGUACACGUUGGUCAUGGACAUUGAAACAGCUGAGGCAAUGCUGGCCCAUUACGAACAUGCGCUGGCAGCAGCUGCAGCAACAGCAACAGCAACAACAACAGCAACAAGCAACGCUUCUACAGCCGCUGCAGAGGCCCCGCUUGCUGCGGCAGCAGACCUUGCUGCAGCAGCGCAGCAGACAAUUCGUUGCUGCAUCAUCUGCACCGAUGAAAGCGACUUCAUUUCUAUGCCAGGCCAAACACUUUGCAGCAGCAACUCCAGCAGCAGCAGCAGCAGCAACAGUUUGGAUACUGCUGCUGCGGUACCAAAACCUGCUGCGCGGGUUGCUGCAACAGUCAAGCGGUGGCAGCUGCUGCUGCCGGAGGUUGCUGCAGUGCAGCACGUGCUGACCAUAACGGAAGUGGGCGUAGUAGCAGUGCAGCAGCAGCGUGGCAGUGCUGCAGCCGGAUCAGUUCCCCUGACGCAGCAGCAGCGAGCAGCAGAAGCAGCAGCAGAAGCAGCAGCAGAAGAGGGACAGGAGGAGGGUAUACCUGUUGGCCGGUUGUUGCCAGGUGUCACUGCAGUAGCAGCAGAAGACGGUGCGCUACUGUUCAGCAGCAGCAGCAGCAGCAUUUACUUCGCGAGGCCAGUUGCAACAGCAGAGGCGUUUGGGGCCCCGGAGUCGCUGGGGGCCCCCGGGGCCCCCCCAGGCAGGUACUUCCGUUCUGCUCUUUUGGGUUCUGUGGAUGGUUGUGGGGAGGUGAGCCUGUUGGGGUGUACGUACAGCUCAGAGCCUCUGCUGCAGAGGCCUCUACAGCAGAGGCUGCAGCAAUGGCAGUGGGGCCUCCCGCGUAUGGAGCGCUUAAUUGAAGGAUAUGUUCAUAAAGUGCCGAUUACAGGCAAAGAGUGGGGCAACUACCACGCCAAGAAAAGACACUGGAAGCGCAUCUUCUAA